GAGGCAUAGCGUAUAUCGCUAACAAAUUAGCAACAACGUAGUAACGAGCUCAGCAACAUAAAUGUUUUUUGUAACUAUUCCAAUAUACAGGAAGUUCUACAAUCUAGCAACUAGAAACAAAAUUGCGACUUUCAGUUCCUCACAGUGGAACAGGAACACAUUUUCUGGCGGGAUUUACAAUAGCGGACGUAUUUGUAUGUUACACAGCUUCCUUGAAACUUCCGGCAAAGCAAACAAGUUUAUAUUAAUUCUUAAGUAAAUGCAUGGAAGAAAUGUAUUAAUGUGUCUUUACUGCUCUGUUGUGUAGCAGCAGAAAUUCUUUGCCUUUAUUCAAACAUAAGGGAGUUUCUCCUUUUUUGCAGCACUGCUCAGUCAGCAGGUUGACAUCAGGUUUGGAAUAUGGUAGCAGCAGGAAAGCUUGCCACCUAUCGCCUGCCGCCAUUGCCAACAAUUGGAGAAAUUAUCAAGUUAUUUAAUCUAAGAGCAGAAAGACAGAUGUCUCAGAAUUUCUUACUUGAUCUAAGGCUUACAGACAAAAUUGUAAGAAAAGCUGGAAACAUAAAAAAUGCCUAUGUGUGUGAAGUGGGUCCUGGUCCAGGAGGAAUUACACGUUCUAUUCUUAAUGCAGGUGCUGAAGAACUCCUCGUAGUAGAAAAAGAUACAAGAUUCCUCCCAGGAUUACAGAUGCUGGCUGAAGCUGCUCCUGGGAGAGUAAAAAUUGUUCAUGGUGACAUAAUGACAUACAAAAUGGAAAGAGCUUUUCCUAAAAAUCUUAAAAGGAACUGGGAAGAUGAUCCUCCAAAUGUCCAUGUUAUUGGAAACCUUCCUUUCAGUGUUUCUACUCCACUUAUUGUCAAGUGGCUUGAGAGUGUUGCAAACAGAAGUGGACCUUUUGUUUAUGGCCGAACGCAGCUGACCCUUACUUUUCAAAAGGAAGUGGCAGAGAGGCUAACAGCUUGCACAGGUAGUCGGCAGCGAAGCAGGCUGUCUGUUAUGUCUCAGUACCUUUGCACUGUGAAGAGCUGCUUUGAUAUCCCAGGUCGAGCAUUUGUUCCCAAACCAAAAGUGGAUGUAGGAGUGGUACACUUUACCCCACUGGUACAGCCGCAGAUCAGCCAGCCAUUCAAACUGGUGGAGAAGGUUGUCCGAAGCGUCUUUAACUUUAGGAGGAAGUACUGUCGACGGGGAGUAGAAAUCUUAUUUCCAGAAGCCCAGCGAUUACAGCUCACUGAACGGAUGUUGUGCUCAGCUGAUGUUAACCCAACAUUACGCCCAACUGAACUUUCAAUUAUCCAGUUUAAAAACCUGUGUGAUGCAUAUAGAACUCUGUGUGAUGAAAAUCCAGAACUUUUCAACUAUGACUUCAGAGAAGAGCUUCGAAUGAAAAGAAAAUCCCCCAAAGAAACUUUUGCAGAAGAGGAAUCUAGCUAUGAAAAUUAAUAAUAAAUUUAGAAAAGGCAACUGCAUAUUUAAGGUUGUAAUAUGAUUUAUUGAUAGUUAAGGAUGUCAAUAAUUGAAACCAACAAAAAUUAUUAGUAAUCAAUUCUGAUGUUUUUGUAUCAUCAUUGUGUCUUUCUGAACUUAGUGAAAGGGAUUUAAGAUCAUACCUUCUGUGAGUUUUACAGGAGUUUUCUGAUAAGCUCUUGUGUGUCAACACAACAUUGUUGGUACACAUGAUAAUUCAAAAUAAACAUCAUCCUGUUUUUAAACAAA